AUGCGUCGUGGGUGUUUUAUAACCCAUGAUAUGUUAGACACAUUUGAUCCAUCUUUCUUUGGCAUCAGUGAAAGCGAAGCGGCCUCUGUUGAUCCAGGUUAUCGUCUCUUGCGCUCAAAAUUCGUUCAUCUCAUGGACGACGCGGGUAUUCCCAUAGAACAAAUUAAGGGUAGUCAAACAGCUGUUUACAUCGGCCAGUUUUCAACUGACCAUCAACCAAACGUGGGUGUUUAUCAUGCUGCUUCACGCCUUUCUUACCAUUUUGAUCUUCAUGGACCGCGUAUUGCAAUAGAUACGGCUUGUUCACCUUCACUUCAAACUAUUCAUCUUGGAAUUCAAACACUGAGAAAUGGUGAAGCAACGCUAGCGGUUGUGGGUGGAACAAAUUUAAAUUACAGACCCGAAACGGUUUGUGUGGCUUCACUUUCUACUAUGAUCUCUUCAGAUGGCCGCUCGCUUUCAUUUUCCGCAGAUACUAAUGGUUAUGCGAAAGGUAAACAUUGUUCUUAAGUUAAUAUAGUAGUAGAUUUUUGGCAUGGUAAGCGCUGUUUUGCUUGUUCAUUGUUCGUGAUUUUAUAAACAAGAUCAGCUUUUAAUUGUUUCGAUAGGAUGAUAUUACAAUUUUGAUAUAAAACAAAUAGGUUUGAGACUGCUACAUCCUCCGUUCAUGUGCUAUGUGUUAUGCUUUUAUUAGGUGAACAAGCAGGAAGCUCAAAUUUUCCCCAGAUGCUGACCAUUGUAAGAUGAUCUCAAUCCAAUGAAUAAAUCUAACAAUAGAUGUACAAAUUUAUUGGCUGGAUAUAUUCUAAAGAUCUGAUCCAUUCUAAGUCACUGUGAUAUUGCUUUACAUAUUCUUUCGAUGCACUCUAUUUUGCUUUAUAUAUUCUUGCGACCGAGCUUCAUUGAUGGUAUGUGAGACCCAGUUUGUUUCCAUUUGUAAGGUGCGCGCAAUGCAAAGGUUGAGUACUAUUUUAUUUUUGGGUUUCUUAUACAUCAUUCGAUAGAGAAUUUCACGCUGAUCGAGAAUAUUAGCCUUUUAGCCUUCUCAGUGUACGUUUUUAUGUAGAAAAAUUCGAAAUACUAUGAGGGUCUCGAAAUCGGAAAAAACCUUCAUGUGGUUCAAAUUGAAUAUGUUUUUUCCUUUGUAUUUUGAAGCUUCCAAACAUUCUUUUUCGGAUUCAGCAUUGAAAACUGAAUUAGAAAAUGUGUUUUCAAAGUUCUCCACGUAUUACGUGGCCGGUGCAGAAAACCAAGUAUCCUUUUUCCAAAAUUCUUUUUCUUCCUUGAGAUGUUGAAUUUCCAUUAAAACAUUGCGGUGUUCACCUAAAAUCGAGGGGGUCCUUUUGCAAUAACUUUUUCAUUUCUUCAUACAUAUUUUUGAAACCUAUACUGUUAGAUAGCCCUUGAAAUUCUCUACAAACUGAUCUAGUCAGACAAUCUAGAUCGGUCGGCUCGGUCAUCAAGAACGUGCAAAAAACGCGUUGAACCUACGGAAAACGCCUGUGGAACAGUCCUUUAGCCAUUUUUCUGUAUUACUGGAAAACUAUAUAUGGCGAUGAUCAGUCUGGUCGGAAGACCUUUUGGGGCAUCCGGGAGAAUUGCUAUAAAUCAGUUAUCACGACUCUCUCAGAGCUGUAAAACAUUUAAUUUUGU